AUGUCAACUACUACCACAUCACAAAUUAAUACGAACCCAAUAACUCAUCAACCACCCCCAAACAAUCCAAUUCAAUUUAUAUCAUUAAUUUCUCGUAAUGAUAAACCAUUAUAUAUCCAAGCAUUCAAUAUUGGUGAAGAAGAAGAAGAAGAAGAAAAACAAGGAGAAAAACAAGAAGGAAAUACAACUCCAAUGAAUCAUACAAAUGCUGAUAAAUUUUUAAAAUAUAAUUUUUUAAGUCAUAUGGCAUUAGAUAUUUUUACAUCACCAUCAUCAUUAAGUUUACGUGAACAACAACAACAACAACAACAACAACAAGAUACUCAUCAAAAUGGUGAUCAAAUACCAGUUAUACUUUUAUUUAUUCAAGAUCAAGUUAUGGUUUAUGGAUAUGAAACUAAUAAUGGAUUAAAAAUAGUCAUUGGAUUAGAUCAAACUAGAAAUUUUAAUGAUAAUGGUAAUGGUAAUCAUCAAAAUUCAUUGACAAAAUUACGGAAAUUAUUUUUAGAUGUACAAAAAUGUUAUUUACGAACAAUUUUUAAUCCAUUAAAUCAAAUAUACAUCAAUCUGGGAACCGGGAUUAGUCUUAAUGACGAUGAUGAUGAUGAUGAUAGUAUUUUACAAUCUCCUACAUUUGAUAGAAAUAUUAAAAAAUUAGUUAAUUCAUAUAUAUAU